AUGCCCUCUAAAUCGCAAUCUCUCAAUCCUAUUUUUACGAGUUGGCUGGAGCAGAUGAGGGAUGAAUUGGAUCCAGAAUCUAACUACUGGAAAGUUUACAAUCGUGCAGCCAAGUCGAUGCGUUCUCACCCCAGGUGUCUCGAACAUCCCCGAGAUUCUUUAGAAGUGAGAAACGUCGGGCCAAAAAUUCAAAAGCUACUUAUUGAAAGGCACGAAGCUCAAGUUGGGAAAAACGCGAAUCGUAGCCAACCUCAAGAUUUAAGGCAUACUGUUACCACAAGGAUUUCUUCCGGCUCUUCUGCAAGGACUUGUUCCACUAAGCCGGCACCGAGUUCAAGUUCAGAUGCAGACCUAGACUCGGAGCCCCCGGCGGUAGAAUCUCUUCGCAUCGAGAAGACUGGAUCUACCAAUCCCACGUCAAAAUACUCGGACCGUACUAAACGGAAGCUUGGCCGCCCUCGAAUUUCUAGAGCUAUACCUGCACCUGCAGCCACCUCCGAUAUUGAAUCUAACAAUGGUAACGGGCCCGUAUCUUCCAGAAAGAUAGUAAGUGCGCUGGAGUUUGCCGACUUUGAACCGUUGGUUUUUCCAGCUGGCUCUUACUCAAUCCAACUUAUUCUGGACGAACGAGAGGUCAAAAGCACAACAAACAGGGACUACAUGCUAGAGUAUCUCAAGAAACGAGGGGUGAACGCUGUAAAAAGGUCGCUCGAAGUUGGUGAUGUGUGCUGGGUUGCUCACAUUAACGAUGGCUCCGGUGAAGAGUGCGUUUUGGACUAUAUCCUCGAGAGGAAACGCAUGGAUGACCUUAAAGGGAGCAUACUUGAUGGUCGUUUUCAUGAACAAAAGUUUCGUUUAAAGCACACGGGAAUAUCUCAUGUAUACUACCUUGUGGAAGAUUUUGAUACCAAACGAAUCGCACAACAUUGGAGAGACCAAAUCAACACCGCACUUUCAUCUACCCAGGUCGUUGACGGAUUUUUCCUCAAAGAAACGACCAGUAUAAAAGAUACUCUGGAUUACUUAUUGAUACUGCACAAGAUUAUUCUGGGAAUAUAUGCUGACAAGCCCUUACAUAUCAUCCCACCCCAUCAUAUUAAGCGUUACAGCUUUUUGGAACUGAAGCAGCACUUGAGCGUAGUGGACCCCAAUAAUGUAUAUCACACUACAUACACAAGCUAUCAAGAGCUCAACCGGAAGAACGGCUUUUAUACUUUGCAAGACUGCAUGGCACGUAUGUUGCAGUGUAUCCGUGGCUUAAGCGAAGAGAAGAUCGCCGCUCUACUCGAGCACUAUCCAACACCCCGAUCACUUUAUCAAGCAUUCAUCGACGCAGAGUUACAUUAUUCUAGAGACCAAGAGCUGAACCUGAUAGGAUUGAGAAAAGGGAAAGGGAAAAGCAAGGCUGCUUCGAACCCGGCCAUAUGUAUGCUUUCAGACCUCGGAGGAACGGGGCGCAGAAAGAUUGGACUGGCUUUAAGCAAGGAUAUUUACGAGAUAUUUAUGGACUCUGAAUAUGAAGUCUAA